ACUUCUUCUUCUUCUUCCACACUCCUCUAAUAUUACCCAGACCAACGGAAUCGAAUCUUCAGAUUUUCCUCUUGAAUUGACCAAUCGGAUUUCUAUCUCCAUCUCCAUCUUCAUCUCAUUCAUCUCUCAUUCGUUCUCCCUUUCUUUGCUGAAUUCCAACUGAAAAAUCGCCGAUUGAUUUGGACAUGGUUUGUCCUGAGCAGACUAAUUGGUUCUUCGAUUAUGAACUGAUCGAUGAUAUGUCUGUUCCCGAUAGGAAUUUCUCCGCGCAGGCUUCUGGGUUUACUUGGUCUACGCAGGAUUUGAACGGUUCGGCAGCCGUCGUCGGUGUGAAGAUUGGAAGCUCUUUGGGAGAUUCAGAUGGUCAUAAGGAAGUAUCUACAAAGAAAAGGGCUAGACUUGAAUCAUCAUCAUCUGUUCUUCCCAGUUCGAAGGCAUGCAGGGAGAAGCAGCGGAGGGAUAAGUUAAAUGACAAGUUUAUGGAAUUAGGAGCCAUACUUGAAUCUGGUAAGCCUCCUAAGACAGACAAAGGUGCUAUAUUGAUGGAUGCUGUUCGAAUUGUCACGCAGUUAAAGGGUGAAGCUCGAAAGCUCAAAGACACGAAUUCUAGUUUACAGGAGAAGAUCAAAGAAUUAAAGGUUGAGAAGAUAGAGCUUCGGGAUGAGAAGCAGAGGCUAAAGUUGGAGAAAGAAAGGUUAGAACAACAAGUAAAAAGUUCCAAUUUCAUGGCACAACCAACAACAGCAAUGCCUGCAAUGUUUGGGGCUCAUCAGGGUCAAGUUGUUGGGAACAAAAUGGUACCGGUUAUGAGUUACCCGACGGUCGCAAUGUGGCAAUUCAUGCCUUCUUCUGCAGUCGAUACAUCUCGAGACCAUGUGCUCCAUCCUCCGGUUGCUUAGUUAGUUCUCGGGGCCUGUCGCCAUUCAUUCGAAGACAGUCUUGUUUAUGUAUUGGAGUAAAUGUAUGUGUGUAUUUUUCAAGUAGAUGGUCCAUAACAUGUUUUUGUUAUGUUUACAUAUGAACUAAAACUGUUUGUGGGGAAAAAAAAUCAUCAUCUUAUGACAAUUCCUUGUUGUCUACUUCCACACAA